AUGGAACAGAAAAUGGGACAGCUUCCAGACAAGAGGCUAAAACCUUCCCCGGCAUUUUAUAAUACAUCUUUAGAUUUAUUUGGCCCAUUUCUUAUAAGAGAUACUGUAAAACGAAGAUCUAGAGCAAAAGUAUACAGAGUAAUAUUUACGUGUUUUACUAGUACUGUCUACAUUGAUCUGACAGAAGGUUAUAACACAGACAGUUUUUUGAGCACAUUUCGUCGAUUUGUUUCCAUACGAGGAUAUCCUCACACCAUUCAAUCUGACAUGGGCACACAACUAAUGGCUGCUAAUAAAGAAAUUAGGAAAAUGACUGAAAAAUGGAGCAUUUCUCAAAUAUCCAAGUUUGGUUCACACCAAGAAACAACAUGGUCCUUUAACAAAUCAGCAGAUGCGCCAUGGCAGAAUGGAGUUUGUGAAGUCCUGAUCAAGUCCGUGAAGAGAUUACUAGUGAUAAAAUUUGAAAAGGGUGACAUCCCUGACAACAAUGGCUCGUGGAAAACACGUGGUCAACUGGCCAACUCGUGA